AUUUCCAUGAAGAGCCGAUAUGCACCGAUGUAGGCGGCCGUUUUAGAGCACCGUCAUUGUUCGCGCUUGGGAACCCCUGGCUCCCGGCUUACUGCUCUCCUCCCGCCAGUUCCUUAAACCUGGAAGGGCAACAUCUCUCAUUUCUUCCGUCGACGAGAUGGAGCAUGUCCGGAAGAAGCCCAAAGUGGAAGAGGACGUCGAUGUGCCUAAUGGCGAGGCAGAUAACCUUGACACCGGGGAAGAAGAAGAAGCGUUGGUGGCUUUGAUUGAACACAGGAACAAGGAAGUGGAAAAUCUCGCCCAGAAAUUAUCCUACUUCACCAAUCAGCUCGAAGAGGCCAAGAAGAAGUUAAACGAGUCCCAGUCAAAGCUAGUUCGUCUAAGGAGAAAACGUGACAGCGGAGAAUCAAAAGCUAUUGCAGAUGCUGGUACAUCAAAAGCCAAACUUGGGGAUGGGUUAACAAAUCUUAAACACGCUGAUGAAAUUCAAUCUCACAUUCAGAACGGAUCCAGACCCCAACUUCUGAUUCCUGCUCUGAGUUCUAAAACUAGGCCACCGAAAAGACUGUCAGAAGGUAGCAUGAAGUUACCGGUUGGUUCUCAAGGUGGAACGCCGGUAGGGCUUACCCAUUCUAGUACUGUACAAAAAGGAGAGACAUCUGGUAGAACUUCACAUGACCUGGAAAAUGAUAGACUGCAUGAUAAUGCCAAUGUUCAUAGGACCGGUAAAAAAGAAUACAGAGACCUGGUUCCUGUUAUACGUAGUUCUUCAACUCCUUGCACUAUUCGCGUUCAGCCAUGCAUGCAAAUUUCCAGCCAACACAAAAGAAAAUUGAGAAGCCUUGCUCUAAACCCCAUCAGUGGUCAACUCUUUGCAACAAGUGCUUUGGACGGAAUUGUGAAGUUAUGGCAAAUCCAAUCAAAAGGAUCUAAUGUCUCAUUAUUAAGUUCAACUGACUGUGUGUCUCCAAAGAGGAGGUGGCCUGAGGAUAUGACAUGGCACCCACAUGGUAAUAGCAUAUUUGCUGCAUACAGUGCUGAUGAUGGAGAUUCUCAAGUAUCAAUCAUGAAUUUGAACUCAUCAAAGGAAUCAAGGGUGAGUUUUUUAGAGGAAAAACCUCAUCAUAAAGGUAUUAUUAAUGGCAUAACGUUCAUGCCAUGGAGUAGUGUCUGUUUUGUAACUGGUGGAAGCGACCAUGCUGUUAUUCUCUGGAAUGAGAAAGAUGGAGGAAAUAGUUGGAAGCCGAAGCUCCUGCACCGAUACAUCCAUUCUUCAGCAGUUAUGGGGGUUGCGGGAAUUCCUCAAAGGCAUAUGGUAGUGUCUUCUGGUGUUGACAAGCGAAUUGUUGGAUUUGACGUGGAGGGAGGAAAAGCUGAUUUCAAGCAUCAGAUUGACAGCAAAUGCAUGGGAGUGUUGCCAAAUCCAUCUGACUUCAACCUAUUCAUGGUGCAAACCGGGACGCCGGAGAAGCAGCUUAGGUUGUUUGAUAUUAGAGUAAGGCAGAUGGAGAUCCAUGCAUUUGGAUGGAAACAAGAAAGCAGUGAUUCCCAAUCGGCAUUAAUAGACCAAGCGUGGUCUCCUGAUGGUUUGUACAUCACAUCCGGUUCCACAGAUCCUGUGAUACACAUAUUUGACAUACGGUAUAACUCCCGUACCCCCACCCAAUCUGUAAAGGCUCAUCAAAAACGGGUUUUUAAAGCUGUCUGGCACCACACUUUCCCGCUUCUGAUUUCCAUAUCUUCUGAUCUUCAUAUUGGGUUACACAAGAUCAAUCAACCAUAGACAAGAAUAUCGGACAGUCGUCAUUUUGUGCUGCUACAUUUAUCUAUCUAUUUUUUUUCUUACGCCAAAUGCGUAGAUUAAUCACAGCCUGACAUGCAAUGCAUAAGAAGAAAUUGGAGAUGGUAAACAAGACGAGGACAGUCAGCCAAAUGGAAAACUAUGCUCUGGUUGCUUCUUUUCUAUAACGUUUGCGUUGGCGUGGAAGUGCAUGUAUUGGGCUGGUUCUACAUCGUCUUCUAGGGGUGCCCGUAGUCAGAAAAGUUUUCUCAGUUCAAAUUUUGUGAGAGAUCUGUCUUGCCAAUGUUUGUGAAUCGCGAAGGGAAAAAGUUGCCUACAAUCUCGGAAUGAUGGACACUAACAUGAUAGAGAUACCAUUGAUGCUUAUGGUAAUUAGUGAGAGCGAGAUUAGAAUGGAGAUGGGGAGAAAACAACGAUGAAGACAGGAACAGUUAUGUAACUUUGUGCUUUAUCUUAGCUGUGUCGAUGUCAUAAAUGUUUGCUCGAUCCUGUAGUUGUAUAUGAUCAUUAAAAAUAUCUUAUUUAUGGGUUAAGUGUUGCAAUUUGAAUUUGCUUUUUA